AUGCUUGCCAGUUCCCCUCUAUUCGCUUUCGCGUUUGGGUGUCUAACAGCUAACGCGUAGCGACUCGUGCUACGAAUUACGAUUCCUUUGUUUACAUGGUACGAGCCUUUGUGUUGUGCGCAAUGGAAACUAAUCAAUGUAUUUGUUGUUGUGUUUAGUGUUUGUGUUCCUUCAAUAUGGUUCCUGACAGCAACUCUGUGAGCACCUCGGCGUCAUUGACCGAGGACGUAAAUAUUAGUUUUGAAAAUAUCACGCAUAUUGUCCGACAUGGCCUUCUUCCUACAGGAGGCAAGACGAUAUUGAAUGGAGUAAAUGGACAAUUUAACGCAGGCGAACUUAGUGUGAUCAUAGGACAAUCAGGCGCAGGAAAGAGCACUUUGUUGGAUAUCCUCGCAGGAUACACUGAUGCAACGGGUGGCAAUAUUUUUGUGAACGGACGAUUGCGAAACGUGACAUUGUUUCGGCGUCGCUCGUGCUAUAUACUGCAAGAUGACAGGGUCCAGGACAUGCUCACGAUACACGAGUCCCUCCACUUUGCAGCAGAACUCAAAUUGGGCAACCAUAUUAGCACGGAACAGAAAAACGAAAGGAUAAAGGAAAUCGUCGAGUCGCUUGGUGUCAAAGCAGCUAUCAGGACGAGAGCAGCCAACUUGUCUGGGGGACAGAGGAAGAGGUUGGCUAUCGCACUGGAACUAGUCAAUGAUCCACCUGUUAUGUUUCUGGAUGAACCUAUCAGUGGCCUAGAUGUAUCAACGGCAUAUAGACUGAUCUUGCUUUUACGAGGAUUGGCUCGUCAGGGAAGAACAAUCAUCAUAUCAAUGCAUCAGCCAUCAGCCACAUUACUGAAUAAGGUGGACAGGUUGUACGCCCUGGUGGAGGGGAGGUGCGGCUAUAUGGGAUCUGUCUCGCUACUUGUACCAUUUCUCGCUGAAAAUGGUUUAACAUGCCCAGCUUACCAUAAUCCAGUAGACUUUUUUAUAGAAAAAUCAGAUCCCAAUGAUAAGAACAACGUCGUUGUAAAACAGAUGCUGGUUGAACAAUCGGAAAAUGGCAGAAAUAUUUCAUACUUACAAAAUACUGCAAUAGUCAAUGAUAAGGAUGAUGAACUUGUGUGUUUGUCAACGUUACCUUCGCCGAAAGAAGACCCAACGAACAAAAUAUUACUGGCACUGAAAAGUACAUAUCCAACAACUUCAUUGAAACAAUUCGCAAUACUCACGAGACGAACGUUAUUGACGAUAUGGCGCGACCCAUCCUUCCUACUAAUGAAUGUGAGCAUCCACAUAAUUAUGGCGUUGUUCGUGGGCACUCUCUUCUUCAAAGUGGGAGGAGAUGCCAAGUACAUGAGAGACAACUUCAGCUUUCUCUACUUCAGUCUGAUGUUUCUCAUGUUCACUGCAUUUAGCAGCGCCACUGUACGGUUUCCAGAUCAAGUGCCAAUCGCACGCCGGGAACAUUUCAAUCGGUGGUACAACACAGGUGCCUAUUUGGGCUCUACUUUGGCCUCAAUACUGCCGAUGCAGACUAUCAGCACAUUGUCCUUUUGCCUCAUCACCUACCUGCUGACUGGACAACCGCUGGAAACUCUGCGAAUAGCUCAGUACAGUUUCACACUUAUUCUGGUUUCGUAUGUGGCUGUUUGUGUGGGACUGUUUAACGGCUCUCUGUUUACUGUUAAGAACGCUGUGAUCUUCGGACCAUUCCUGAUAAUGCCCUUCACAGUAUUUUCUGGAUUCUUCCUGAAAUACGAAGACGCACCAGCCUUUUUCCAAUGGAUAUUCCAUAUAUCCUUUUUGAAGCACGGUUUGGUUGGCUUAGUGCUUUCCAUUAUGGGAAUGGAGCGGCCGAAACUCGCGUGCACGGACACAUAUUGCCAUUAUGCGAAGCCCCGACAGUUUUUGAAAGAUUACGGUAUGUUACACGAGACAUUCUUAGUUGCAUUUGGAGCUUUAGCCAUUAUCGGCGCGGUAGUUAUUAGUUUGACGUACUUUAUACUGAAAAUACGGUUAAAGUUUAAAUGGUGAAUUGGUGGCAACAUUCCAAAGAUCAAUUAUUUAUACGGGUUUCUGGUUCAUUUGAAACGAAGCGAUAACGACUGGUUUAAAUGUAUUAGAUAAAAGAUAGGGGCCUAAGAGGGCUAUAUGUGAUGAACGUUUGAAUCAAUGUAAGUUCUUGCCAUGUUUGUGUCGGAUAAGUAUGUAUGCAAUAUUUAAAGUAAUCUAAUUUUAUACCUAUUGAUAAAAUAAUAUUCUGCGUGCUAAUUAAUGAAAUUUUGCAGUCAAUCUGCUAAAUCUUAUGGUCGAAACAUUUGUUCUAACAAUGUUCGGUCACUCUCAGAUAUUCUGUCGCUAUUACUAUUUGCGCAUUUUAGAUUUCCAUUUAUCCGUAAUUUUGCCCACAUUCUACUGCUUUUCUAAUACAGUACGCUUAAGAACCUAAUUGUUCAUAAGUUUGUCUGUCCAUUUAAUACGAUUACCAUAAGUCCACAUCUUAAACGCCAAGGUUCAUAUCCAUACAAGGCAAAUAUAACAUUUAUUAAUAAUUAAAGAAAUAGUAGUUUUAUAAACCAAAGUAAUUCUAAUUAGAACUCUUUUGUCUCUUUCAUUCAAAUCGUGUUUAGGCUGAGUUGAAAGGAGAGAGUAUUGUAAUUUUAGUUGAAGUUCGAUAUUUUAAAUUCUGCAUACAUAUUGAUUUGUUAGGGCGUCAAAGAAAUGAUAUUAAUUUACUUCAAAAGUUAACUAGAUUAAACGGUAAUAUACAUUUGAAUACAUGUGACAGUAUAAGCUAUUACAUAUGUAACUAAAUAUAUUUAUUAAGAGUCCCUAAAUGUCAAAUUGAACGAAACUAAAACAAAUUUGUGAUCUUGUCUGUGAUUAGAAUCGCUUUAUUGUGAUUGGCUAAGAUUCAGAAACGUUUGACAUAUGGAGACAGACUGAGGGCUAUGUUUCAAAGAUGAUUUAAAAAAAGUUAUUGGAUAUUUUGACAUACGAGAGUCUGACUUAGCGCCGACCGAUUCUGAUCCAUAAAUAGUACACUUUCUUAAAAUAUAAAGGGGCUUUCCGAUCAGUACAUAUGGAUUAAAUGUAAGAAACAAAUCGUCCUAACAUUUUAGCCACAUUCAGUAAUGGCUUGUAUGUACAAACUUAUUCGAAUGGGCGAUCGAAUUUUAUUGAUAAGUUAUAUUAAUUAUAAAUAUUGAAGAAAUGCGAGGUUGUUAUAGAAUUGUAGGUGCCAUGGAGUUCUUAUUUUGUAUCUCAAAUAUCUCAUAGUAAACGGGGACAAUCAAACACUUGAAAUAUGUAAGAAAUAAGCUGGACAUGAAAAGUUACAAAUCAUAUAUAACGAAUAUAUUAAUGUUGCAGUAAAGUAGUUAAAUCAGAGAGUUUAUUAAAUCUCUAGACACUUAAUUAAAGAUCGAUAUUCAAUCAAGUCGCUAAGAUCACACCGAAAUAACAAUAACAAAUGAAAUAAUCAAGGCGGAGUCAAGCGAGAGAAACAAAAAACCACUCACACAACAGACCAACGGUGCACACCGUUUCCAAAAAAAAAACUUAAAGUAAUCAGCUGUUGUCGUGACCGCCAUCUUGUUUAACAUUAUUAAUUAACACGCUGGCUUUCGGUCAGACAUAUUAUAGUAAUACGUUUUCGACGCUGCUUUUUUUGAAUCAAAAUGCUAGCGACUUGACUGAAUAUCAAUCUUUUACUGUCUAGAAAUUCAAUUAACUCUGUGAUUUAAUUACUUUACUGCAAUACCAUAAGUACACAAACUAGUUAGGUUGGAAUCUGUCGUAAAUUAAGAAAAAUACAUAUGAAAAGCUAGAACUGUGCUGUAUUUUUUUUUAAAUCUGCUCCUAGUGGAGGUCCCAGCAGUAACGAAGAAUUAUUUUCAUAUGCAUUUGUCCGGACCCUGACAAGACUAUGUUACACUAGAACAAACCACAGUGGCUUACAAAUGAUUCAGAUUGUAUUAUUCAGUAAAAUAAUUGAAAAAAAUUUGUUGUUAAUAAAGAGGUCCUUGUCCAAAGGCCGCCACACAUCCGCUGUUACGGCUGUCACGGUUCGUUAUUGUUUCGGACACAAAAACCUAUAGAAAGAUACAAAAUAGAUAGUUAGAAUCGAAUUUGUAACCAUCCGACUCCUCAAUCUGUGAUGUACACACAUGUGCUUUGCCAUUAACUUAACAAUGAACACGUUUAGAACUGAACUUGCCAAAUAUUUUCAAAUGUGUGAAUAUAAACGGCUUUGUAAAGGAACAGCAAAUAUUGCCUUGUGCUCAUCUCAUGAGCUGUAAUUUUUUAUGUAUGAAGUUUGACAUAUUUGACAGAACUCAAGACGACAUUGUGACUUGUGAUAUAGAUACUUUAGUAUAAACUAUAUAACCAUAAUGUUCUGAAUCUUAAUCUUAGCGUUAUGUAAGACUCUUUACAUUAUGGUCUUACAAUAUAUAAAGAUAUUCAUAUAAAGCUCGAUAUUGUUGCUAUCUCUAUUUGAUGUUUAUUAAAAAAGAGACAGCUAUAUUGUUAUUUUAAUUACGAAUCUAUUAAUACACAUUUUACAUAAUUGUAACAUUUAUAUUGUACAUACAAUGUUUAGUAAAAAAGUGGGGUUUAGGAUUAUCUAGUAAAUGGUAUGAUUGUAUGAUGCCUUAUAUUAUGGGUCUAUCUGAAAUACUGUAUUGCUCAAAUGUUGGGUGUUUAAUUGUGUUCAUUUUAUACGGAUGAUUUAAGUGUAAAUAAAUAAAGAAUUUAUU